AUGAGUUAUGAUGAUUAUGAUGCAGAGGGGGAUCUGGAUGUUGAGCAGGGCAUCGACCUCGAGUAUGACGGCAGAACUCGACUAGACAAGACCAUAGAUCGCAUCGGAAUGGGUGAUGUCGCAGGGAGUUAUCAAUGGACAUUAUUAUCAUUAUGUGGAUUCGGAUGGCUCGCAGACAAUAUGUGGAUUCAGGCCACAGCAAUCAUCCUUCCAAGGGUACAGCAACAUUAUUCAGUUCCUGACAGCUAUAUCGGAGUACUCUCGUCAUCAAUGUUUGCGGGAAUGAUGCUAGGCGCCGUCGGUUGGGGAACAUGUUCAGAUGUCCUGGGCCGUAGUGCUGCAUUCAACGCUACCUUGUUCUUCACAUCUGUAUUCGGUAUGCUGGCGCCCUUUGCCUCUUCGUUUUGGGCACUGUGCGUGCUUCUUUUUCUGCUUGGGAGCGCAGUAGGUGGCUCGCUGCCAACAGAUGGCACGCUUCUCUCGGAACACAUGCCAAAGAACAAGCAAUAUUUAGUCACCGCACUUUCCAUUUUCUUCUCCAUCGGUUCCGUUGUCUCCGCGCUCGUUGGCCUUAUCGUUAUGCCGGGUCGUUCUUGUUUACCGAAUCAAUCAUGUGACCCGUCAACUGACAAUAGGGGUUGGCAAUACAUGCUUGUCACUCUCGGACUUAUCACCCUGUCCUUGUUCCUGGCUCGAAUACUCUUCUUCCGCUUGCACGAGUCGCCCCGAUACCUCGUUCAAGCAGGACGACACCAAGAAGCACUCGAAAACCUCCAGCUCAUUUCGCGCUUUAAUGGAUCAGAACUCCCCCUCGAGUUAGAUGACGUAGACGAUCGUCACCCGCCCGAGCCAGAGGUCAAUGGGUCGGCAACUUCAGGCGAACGCGUACCAUUCUUGCCGUCCUCCAGCGUUUCGGAGACCCCCACUCGCCCCGUUACUGCUGUUGCAGAUAGCAAUGCUACUUCUACUCCUGUUGAACCCAGUGGUGACCAAGGUGUGAAAGGCUACCGAUCAACAGAUGAAUCAUCCAAUACAUUGGACUAUCAUUCGUUCAUUGCACCCGUAGAGGAGUUUCCUCCACUGGGACACGACCUUGUACGAGGGGACGUUGACGUCCGUCCUUCCAGAGCGCCCAUGCAAACAGCCGUGGAUACAGAAUCCAAGCAGAGGCGAACUGUCAUGCCUAGGGGCCACUCACAAGGGAGACCCUCAAGGUCGAGGACGUCCUCGAUCGUCGUGGUUGAACAGAUAGGGAUGCAUUGCAGGGGUGCUUUGACAAAGUGGAUGGACCGCAUACGGCUAGUGUUGAGUCCGGAGUGGUUUAGAACAACGAUAUUGGUGUGGGGAGCGUGGUCUUUUCUUACUUUGGCUUAUACGAUGUUCAACGUCUUCUUCCCAAAACUCCUGGAGACUAGCUCAUCAAGGGAAGAGACGUCGAGAUCAUUGGAAGAUAAUCUAUCGGACGUGGUCAUUUACACCUUGGGCGGAUGUCCCGGGGCUAUCCUUGGAGCAUAUCUGGUCGAGAGUUCGCUAGGACGAAAAGGAUCGCUAGUAGGGAUGACAAUCCUUACUGCCAUCUGCUGUUUUCUAUUCGUCAACGUUAGCGGCCCGUUUUUGAUUCGCGCUAGCUCGCUGGGGAUUAGUUUGUGCUCAACUGCAACGUACGCCAUACUAUAUGGGUGGACUCCGGAGAUCUUUUCUACCGGAGUCCGCGGAACGGCAUGUGGGAUAGCCACUGCUCUGUCCCGAAUUGGCGGAAUGAUAGCCCCCCUUGUAGGAGGAGUCCUUCUCGUAGUCAACCGUGCUUUCCCGGUGUAUGCCAGCAUAUUGGUGUACAUGCUCGGAGCAGGGUGCGUGUUGUUUUUGCAUGAGACGCCAGGACAUUAG